AUGGCGGAACAGGCAGCCAUCAGCUCUGGCAUUGAGGACCCUGUGCCAACGCUGCACCUGACUGAGCAAGGUGAGGAAUACAGGAUGGUGGGGAAGCAGUGGGCCAAAGAGGACGGGCUGGCCCCUGACCCAUCCUCACCACUGAGGGGCCAGACCCCCACCUCUCCCCACAGACAUCAUCCUGAGCAGCACAUCAGCACCUCCGGCCUCAGCUCACCACCCCUGCAGCUGUCAGAGGUGCACAUACCUCUGUCGUUGGGUGUCUGUCCGCUGGGCCCUGUGCCCCUCACCAAGAAGCAGCUCUACCAGCAGGCCAUGGAAGAGGCCGCCUGGCACCACAUGCCCCACCCCUCUGACUCUGAGCGUAUCUGGACUAGUAGGCAGCUGGCACUGACUUUCCUGUUGCUCCCACAGGCAGUACCUCCCCCGGAACCCCUGUCCGACGCCCCCUACCACCACCAGAUGCAACUCCCACACUCGGACACUGUGGAGUUCUGCCAGCGCCUGUCGACCGAGACACUCUUCUUCAUCUUCUACUAUCUGGAGGGCACUAAGGCACAGUAUCUAGCAGCCAAGGCCCUAAAGAAGCAGUUGUGGCGAUUCCACACCAAGUACAUGAUGUGGUUCCAGAGGCACGAGGAGCCCAAGACCAUCACUGACCAGUUCGAGCAGGGCACCUACAUCUACUUUGGCUACGAGAAGUGGGGCCAGUGGAAGAAGGAAGGCUUCACCUUUGAGUAUCGCUACCUGGAGGACCAGGACCUCCAGUGACACCGGCCCCUCCCUCUACCCACCCCCUUCCCCCUGCAUGCUGAUCCUCCUGCCCAGGUGAGGGCCCUGCCCUGGAAGACUGGAGGGAGGCCCCAGGCCACGGGGCAUCCUCCUCUCCCAGGAAGCAGGGAGGGGGCCGGGAGGUUUUCUUCUCAGCCCUACCCUGGGGGCCCGGGGGCAAGGGCUGCCCCCUCCUCCCCUCCCCAGUGAGGGACAUUUUUUGGUAAACCUAUUUUCAUUUU